CGACAAGUUUUUAUCAAAUUCAAUUCGAUACAAACUUAUUAUCUAAUACACUCUUUGUGUCUCAUAAAAGAAAGAAACUAAAAGAACACUAGACAAUAUCUAGAAUACGCCACACCGUCUUGCGUAAUCCUCAGCCAGCCGGUCCCUCGCUUCUUCAAUCUCGUCGGGGGACAUGUACCUCCGCCACAGGGGAUCCGCCCUCCUCCGUUCCGCAUCCUUGCGGCGGGCUUCCGCCGCUAUCCUCCUCCGCUCCGCCUCCUUCCGGCUGGCUUCCGCCGCCAUCCUCCUCCGCUCCGCCUCCUUCCGGUGGACUUCUUCCCCCAUCUGUCUCCUCCGCUCGGCCUCUUCCUCGUCUCGUCGGAUCGCUUCCUCGGACCUCUGUUCCUUCCUCCUCUCUCUUUCCUCCCGAGCCCUCUGUUUUGCUUCCUCCUGCGCCAGCCGCUCUUUCUCAGCGUUCUCCCGAGCUUCCUUUCGCCUUCUCUCCUCCCACUUCCUCGCCUGCUCCAUCUCCUCCUUCCGACGGGAUUCCUCCUCCUUCUUCUUCCUCCUCUGCUUCAUCUUCUCCUCCUCUCGCCGCCGGGCUUUUUCCUCCUUGCUGUUCCUUUUUCUCCUCCCCUGUUUCUUCUCCCCUGUUUCUUCCUGGUCGGGUUCUUCUUCCUCCAGCUGGUUCCCCUGCCGCUGCAGAAGAAAUUGGUAAGACGAUAGCAGCCUCUGGAACUUUUCUGUGGCGUGCGGAUCGUCUGGGUUCUUGUCGGGAUGCAAUUUCAGGGCUUUGAGCUUGUAGGCUCUGGUGAUUUCCUGCUCUGUCGCUGUCUCCCCUGAAGCUAGGCCGAGGACCUUGUAGUGGUCGAUUUCUCGGCCCAUCAUGGCCGGAAUUGAAUCUCGGAAGCUCUAGCCCUAGAACCCUUGAUCAGAAUUGAAUCUUUUUCCUUUUUCUUUCCACUGUCGUUGUUUCGGAUUCGUUCGUUUACUAACUCUGUUUUUAUAGGUGAAGCAGCUUUCCUCUCCCUUUCCUUUUCCUUGUGGAAUACGGAUAACCUUCUCCUACUCGAAUUCGGAAAAAAGAAAACCUUCAGACUUGAGAGUUAAAAAGUUGGAACGAACACGACGUCGUCCUUUGCCCUUUCAUUUAACGAUUAAUCCCGCGAGUUUCCACCGCGAAAUUGAAAGGGAAAAAUGGCAUCGUAAAUUGGAGCUUGAUGGUGACUUGACUCCACGGUAUCAGAAGAUCCGGCGAGUGGGUUUUACGAAUGGAGAGCGAGGUGCCUCGGUCGGUGGCUUUUCGCUCGAACCGGAGAGGGGAAAGGAGCAAUCAAAUCCCUGUUUCCAGAGGUAAAGAAGAAGGAACGAAUCUCUCUUAGAUGGCCAAGAUGGGUUCUUUUCGUCUGGGAAAGUGCCGGUUGAGUAUCCGAUCAAGUUGGUGUGGAAGAGAGGGUUUGUUCGGCUGGUGUUCGUAGCAGGGAUCGUUUGGAUGUUGCUCAUUCUCGUUGUACUGCUGUUUCAUGUAUGGUCUUGCCAAUCUUCUUACGUUUUCUUUUCAGCUAUUUGUAACAAAGAAAGCAAGGUAUACGGCCUUUUAAACACAUGGGGUUUUGUACAGCAACAGCAUCGUUGCCCAAUACCUGUUGUGGAUGACCCCAACAAGAUAGUUAUCCCUGAGGGAAAGACUUCGGACAGUAUAAUCACCAAUCUUUCGUAUAUUAUGGAUGAUGAUGAGCCACUCAGUAAUGGAUCGUCACCUUUAUUUGGAGGAUACAUAAGUUGGUCAGAAAGAGAGGAGAGUUUCAAAAUAAAACCAUCAAUGAAGGUUCAUUGUGGCUUCAUACGUAACGGUGGUGCAGAAAUGGACCCCAAUGACAUUGAGUAUGUGAAGAAGUGUAGAUUUGUUGUCGCUUCAGGAAUUUUCGACGGUUAUGAUGUGCCUCACCAGCCCACUAACAUAAGCCAUCGUUCAAAGGAGCUCUUCUGUUUUCUUAUGGCGGUGGAUGAGGUGUCUCUCGAGUUCAUUCAGGAAAACACCACUGUUAGAACGGACAGUAAAGGCGGCCAAUGGGUUGGCAUCUGGCGUCUUAUCCCAUUGAAGAAUCCGCCUUAUGAUGAACCCAGAAGGAAUGGCAAAGUCCCCAAAAUUUUAACCCACAGAUUAUUCCCUCAAGCUCAAUACAGCAUUUGGAUUGAUGGUAAAAUGGAGCUUAUUGUUGAUCCACUGCAAUUACUAGAAAGAUACUUGUGGAGGGGGAAGAACACGUUUGCUAUUGCUCAACAUAAGCACCAUCGAAAUAUAUACGAAGAAGCCGAUGCAAACAAACGGAGGAAACGCUAUGCUCGUCCGCUUAUUGAUCUGCACAUGAAAAUCUACAGAUAUGAAGGGAUAGAACCCUGGAGUCUCAAGUCAGGCACCAUCAGUGCAGAUGUGCCUGAAGGAGCAGUGAUCAUUAGGGAACACACCCCACUGAGCAACCUGUUCAGCUGCUUGUGGUUCAACGAGGUCCACCUGUUCACGCCAAGGGACCAGCUGAGCUUUGGGUAUGUUGUGCACAAGCUAGGGGUCAAACCAUUCAAGCACUUCAUGUUUCCGAAUUGCGAGUACAACUCGCUGUUUGUACUGCAUCCACACACGAGGGAGCAUUCGUCAAAGGUAGAGUGGGUGAAGAGUUUGAGCGAGUUUAAGGGGAAGGGUAGCAGCAUGAAGGAGAGUAGAGGUGGUUUAGGCUUGUGGACUCCUUAUCCUGGAGAUCUUAGUUCCGUUGUUUUGCCCAAAGUUGUACGAACAUCGAAAGCAGGGUAAAUUUGAUACCGAUUGCAGGAUUCCACUUGCAACAUAUUCAUCUGUUUGCUUUCAUGGCUGCUCCAUCUAUCUUCACUAUCAAGUAACUGCUGUAGGGUUCAACUCUUCAUGUUUUCUCACAACUAACUUGUUAUACAAUCAUGCCAAAUUCCAAUCCA